AUGUCCCCAACACAAAAAAUCGACCAAAGCCGAUCGCGCUCCGACGUCGAAGCCGCGCAAUCCCGAGGGAGCCCUGCGAACGAGCCAGGGCUCCCUCGGGAUUGCGCGGCACAGCCCAUGCUCAUUGAAUUGAGAGCGUCUGCCAAGUUGUGUGUGCGAAGUACGAUACGACAUCAAGUGUGGCUGUUCAUCUAUCCAUGCUCCUUGGAUGGCAGAAACCGGCUGGAGCAUGCGUACGCUCGGUUUUCCGAUCUCCGGUUCAUCGGUGGCUGCGGCGCCAAGCUUCGGGACGACGAGGUGUACGAAGAAUCUCCCGGUCCAACCAAGUUCACCCGACAUCAAAACCUGGAUCAAACCUGCAUCCAACUUCUCUCAGAAGCCUCUAGUAGUGACUCUCGGCCUGUAACAUUCACUGGACAAGAUUCCGAGGCUGAGAAUUUCGGUAUUAUCACGGACAUUCCGGGUUACUUCAUCUUUUUCAAAUUCUUCGUAUUCCGUAUCUUGAAGCUAGCCACUGACCGCGGGGAGGAGCCGGGUGUCCUGGUGAAACGCUUCAAGGUCUCGGACCAGGACUCGGGAAGGAGCAAGUCACAUUCCUUCUUCCCAAACGGCAUCCUCCGCAUCCUCAGCCAUGAUUACUCGCGCAGACUCAAGGAUCACGAUUGA